CAUUGUUUUUCGCGAACGUGCAGCCCUGUCCAACAACCAAAACUAAAUUGCCAGCCAUUGCAUAAAAAAACAUAGAUAUUCCGUGCAAAAACGUUUAAAAUACAUUAAUAAACGGAAUAAUUGCGUGAUGCGUAGAUAUUGAGCAAAACGCUAGCGAAAAACUGUCGAAAAUUAUAUACGCGAGCAGCGUUCACGCAGAAUAAGCGAAACAUUCAAGAAAAUGCAAUAAAUCUGCUGUGAGGGUCAUUGUAUAUCCAUUAGCCAAAUCAAACGCGGAUUGCUGCCUCUUGAUUCACACGUAAACAUGACCGAAAAGUACGACGGCAACGGCGACUAUUCCUCGUACAAUGAGGAGGACAGCAAUGAGUAUGGCGGAGGCGGUGGCAGUGUUGGUGGCGGCGGCGGCGGCGGCGGCGGCGGCGGAGGCAAGCCGCGCAAAAGUGUGGGCAGUGGCGGCGCCCACAAUGGAGACAGUGGUGUCCACGAUCAUCAUGGCGGCCCCGAGGGCAGCGCCAAUGUGCAGCUGAAUGAGAAGGCCAGCGAAUACAUACGCGACUGCAUGGCCGAGAAGAAUCGCAUGGACAGAAAGUUUCCAAUUGCCGAGAAGCUGUUGGAGGGCGAGAUUGAAAAGGUUCAGACCACCGGACGCAUACCGUCGCGGGAGCAAAAGUACGCCGACAUCUAUCGCGAGAAGCCGUUGCGCAUAUCGCAGAGAGUUUUGGUUCCCAUACGCGAGCAUCCCAAGUUCAACUUUGUGGGCAAGCUGCUUGGACCCAAGGGCAACUCGUUGCGUCGCCUGCAGGAGGAAACGCUGUGCAAGAUGACCGUGCUAGGCCGCAACUCGAUGAGGGAUCGCGCCAAGGAAGAGGAGCUGCGCAGCUCCAAGGAUCCCAAGUAUGCGCAUCUGAACAGCGACCUGCACGUCGAGAUAUCAACAAUUGCGCCACCCGCAGAGGCAUAUGCGCGCAUCGCGUAUGCCAUGGCCGAGCUGCGCAAGUACUUGAUACCGGACAGCAACGACAUCAUACGACAGGAGCAGCUGCGCGAGCUAAUGGACAGCACCAGCCUCAACGAUAACGACAACACCAAUACCAAGAACAGCUAUAAGAAGAUGCCGCACAUGCAAAACGCCAGCGUUGGUGCCAAUGCCAUGGCUGGGUCUGGGCCUGGGCCGGGCAAUGCUGGAGGUGGCGGCGUGGGCAUACCUAAAAAUGUAGCCCAUCACAGUUACAGAGGCUCCCAGCAGACGUCGUUUAGCAAAAAUGUAUUGGCUCCUAAACAAAAGGUUAUGUCGAUUCUCGAAAAGGCCAGAACAGCAAUGGACGAAACCUACGGUCGCGGUUAUGACGAUGGCAUUGCCUAUGAUCCACAUCAGUCCUACGACGCCUACAGCUAUGCAUCGCAUAGCGGACACGGACACGGGCCCCACGGGCCGCCCAACAACAUCUUGGGCGGCGUUGGCAACAUCAGUGGCGUCGGUGGCGGAGCACGCGGUGGCCACUACGAUACCCAAGAUUAUGAUACGGACUACACAAGACGGGACUACUACCAGCACUCACCUGGAUAUGCAGGUACUUAAGAUAGGUUUUCACACUGAUGAGGCUGGCCUAAAUUCAAAUCAUAAUCGCAGUCAUGUUAAUAGGUGAAAUUUGCUGGGAUCUAGCAACGCCAGCCGCGAUGGAGAUGGUGUGAGAGGCACAACCAGUGCGACAAGUCCUAUACCGAAAACCCACAAUCUGAUCAGGAAAGCCCAAUUUGGUAACAUCAGCAAAAGCAAAAACAACAAAAACAACAGCAGCAACACGUUCGUGCCAAGCUAUGAUAAACAUGAAAACAAGCAAAACAACAACAACAAUAACAACAACAGUGGCGGCUGCUUACAGCAGCAGCAGCAGCAACAACAGACACAACAACAUGCCCCACAACAAUCGAUGGUACAGCAACAACAUUCACAGAAAAAAUACCCACCGCACAACAGUUACAACAACAAAAACAGCAACAAUAACUACAAUCACUUGAAUAGAACAAAUUAUAACAAUUCCAUCGAUGCAACAACGACGACGUUAUCAAUAGCUUCUUGUACACUGAACCAAACGGAUCAGGCGAAUGGUCAAACGAAUGCUGCAACUGGCCGCAAUCGCACCAUCCACAACAACAACAACCACAGCAGCAACAACAACAACAUUCACACAUUAGGCAGUAAAAACAAGAACAACAUGCAAAACAACCAGAACAACACAACAACUGUUACUGCGCCCAGUAUGCUAUUAGUAAGCCCUACUUAUCCUACGCUUCAUUUUCGCGAGAUUCCGUUCUUGCCAGUGCAGUUUUUCUAAGCCACAUUCAAAUCUAACAGAUACAAUAACAGCAAAUACAGCAACAAAAUACAGAUAAACAAUAACAACAAAUCAAGAGACAACAUCACAAAUACUUUGUACACUAAGAGGGAAGAAUAUUUACAAA